GCGGAGCGCGGCCGGAGCCGGGCGCCUGGGGGAGCCGCGGGAGCCUCGGGGAGCCGCGGCCCGCGCCCUGCGCCGCCGCCGCCUGCUCGCUUCCUCCGGGUUCUCAGCUCCGGGUGCUGAGGCUCCAGUCUAUAAAUAGCAGGUUACAGCUCCUGCUCUGCGCGCACACUCUCACAAGCGAACGCAGGAAAGUCAGGCUAAAAGUGUCUGCUGCUGCUGCCGCCCCCCACUCCGCCUCCGGGAGAGAACCCAAGGAAAUGGUGUUACCUGGCAAGCAAUCUGCUGUCUUUUAUGAAAAAUCAGAUAAAGAGCUCUGAAGUCAGCAAAGCCAGAGCAAUUUGUGGAAUACAACAGCAAAGCAGAAUUUCAGAAGAUAUCGGGCCUUUAGUGUGAAGAUACAUCUAUAUUAAACCAGGAAUCACUGGCAGUGACAUUUGGACGUGAAAAUUUAGAAGACUAAACAACUGUGAAGGUUGAUCAUGGAAAUCAAAGAGGAAGGAGCAUCAGAAGAAGGCCAGCACUUUCUUCCCACACCCCAGGCAAAUGAUACUGGGGACUUCCAGUUCACAAGUAUUCAGAAGACUCCAAAUGAACCACAGUUGGAAUUCAUCCUUGCAUGCAAGGAUCUUGUGGCUCCUGUCCGUGAUCGGAAGCUGAAUACACUGGUGCAGAUCUCAGUAAUCCACCCGGCGGAGCAGGGUCUGACAAGAUACUCAAGCACGGAAAUCGUGGAGGGAACAAGAGACCCACUGUUUUUGACUGGUGUCACAUUCCCAUCUGAGUAUCCCAUCUAUGAGGAGACCAAAAUAAAGCUAACAGUCUAUGAUGUCAAGGAUAAGUCUCAUGACACUGUUCGAACCAGUGUCCUACCUGAACAUAAGGAUCCCCUGCCAGAGGUUGGGAGAAGUUUCCUGGGCUAUGCCAGUUUUAAAGUGGGGGAGCUACUGAAGUCAAAGGAGCAGCUGCUGGCCCUGAGCCUGAGAACUUCAGAUGGUGGCAAAGUUGUUGGCACCAUAGAAGUCAGUGUCGUGAAGAUGGGGGAGAUUGAGGAUGGGGAAGCCGACCACAUCACGACAGAUGUGCAGGGACAAAAGUGUGCACUGGUGUGUGAAUGUACAGCCCCAGAAAGUGUGAACGGAAAAGAUAACUUACCUUUUUUGAAUGCAGUGUUAAAGAACCCAGUGUGUAAAUUAUAUAGAUUUCCUACAUCUGACAAUAAGUGGAUGCGAAUCCGGGAGCAGAUGUCAGAGAGCAUACUUUCUUUUCAUAUUCCUAAGGAAUUGAUUUCUCUUCACAUAAAAGAAGACUUGUGUAGAAACCAGGAGCUAAAGGAACUUGGUGAGCUUUCUCCGCACUGGGACAAUCUACGGAAAAAUGUCCUUACUCACUGUGAUCAAAUGGUGAAUAUGUACCAAGAUAUUCUGACAGAACUUAGCAAGGAAACAGGGUCCUCUUUCAAAUCAAGCAGCAGCAAAGGAGAGAAAACAUUAGAAUUUGUUCCAGUAAAUCUACAUUUGCAAAGAAUGCACGUCCACAGCCCUCACUUGAAAGAUGCUCUCUACGAUGUCAUCACCGUGGGAGCCCCAGCUGCCCAUUUUCAGGGAUUUAAGAAUGGUGGUCUUCGGAAACUACUCCAUAGAUUUGAAAUGGAAAGAAGAAAUACUGGAUACCAGUUUAUUUACUAUUCACCUGAAAACACAGCCAAAGCAAAAGAAGUUCUCAGCAACAUCAAUCAACUACAACCUCUGAUAGCAACCCAUGCAGACCUCCUGCUUAAUUCUGCAAGCCAGCAUUCUCCAGACAGCCUGAAGAAUUCUUUAAAGAUGCUUUCAGAAAAAACAGAGCUUUUUGUACAUGCCUUCAAGGAUCAGUUGGUAAGAAGUGCUCUUUUAGCCCUCUACACUGCCAGGCCAGGAGGUGUCCUUAAGAAACCACCCUCUCCUAAGAACAGCACAGAGGAGAGCUGUCCCCAGGACCCACCCCCACCGAUGAGAAGGCAGGACUCCAUACCACAUCAUUCAGACUAUGAUGAGGAAGAGUGGGAUAGGGUGUGGGCCAAUGUGGGGAAGAGCCUGAACUGCAUUAUUGCCACGGUGGAUAAACUGAUUGAAAGAGAUGGUGGCAGUGAAGGCGGUGGCGAUGGCAGCAAAGAUGGAGAAGAGGACCCUUCUCUAGUGGACUCCAUCAUAACUCAUCCAAGGGAGGACUGGUAUGAACAGUUGUAUCCCCUCAUCCUUACCCUGAAGGACUGCAUGGGAGAAGUGGUGAACCGAGCCAAGCAGUCCUUGACAUUCGUGCUCCUUCAGGAACUUGCAUACAGCUUGCCCCAGUGCUUGAUGCUGACUCUGAGAAGGGACAUCGUCUUCAGCCAAGCGCUUGCUGGAUUGGUUUGUGGUUUUAUCAUCAAAUUACAUUCAAGUUUGCAUGACCCUGGCUUCCUGCAGCAGCUUCACACAGUGGGGUUGAUAGUGCAAUAUGAAGGACUGCUAAGUACAUAUAGUGAUGAAAUCGGAAUGCUAGAGGACAUGGCUGUUGGCAUUUCAGAUUUGAAGAAAGUUGCAUUUAAAAUAAUUGAAGCCAAGUCCAAUGAUGUCUUGCCAGUUAUAACAGGAAGGCGUGAACAUUACGUGGUAGAGGUGAAGCUUCCAGCGAGAAUGUUUGAGGCCCUGCCCCUGCAGAUUAAAGAAGGGCAAUUGCUUCAUGUGUAUCCAGUACUUUUUAAUGUUGGAAUCAAUGAGCAACAAACUCUUGCUGAGAGGUUUGGAGAUGUCUCCUUGCAGGAAAGUAUUAAUCAGGAAAAUUUUGAACUUCUAAAAGAAUAUUACACAAUAUUUAUGGAAAAGAUGCCUCCUGAUUAUAUUUCACAUUUUCAAGAACAAAAUGAUUUAAAAGGAUUACUAGAAAAUCUCCAUCAAAAUAUCCAAGCCAAAAAAAGAAAGAAUGUAGAAAUCAUGUGGCUGGCUGCAACGAUUUGUCGCAAACUAAAUGGUAUUCGUUUCACCUGUUGCAAAAGUGCCAAAGACAGGACGUCCAUGUCGGUGACUCUUGAACAGUGCUCAAUCUUGAGAGAUGAGCACCAGCUGCACAAGGACUUCUUUAUCCGAGCCCUGGAUUGUAUGAGAAGAGAAGGAUGCCGCAUAGAGAAUGUUCUGAAGAAUAUCAAAUGCAGAAAGUAUGCUUUCAACAUGCUACAGCUGCUGGCUUUCCCCAAGUACUACCGACCUCCAGAGGGGACUUAUGGAAAAGCUGACACCUAACUUUACCAACAUGUAAAUAACCAGGAACACAAUUACGCUUCAGUCGGAUAAUCUCCACCUUUCUAAACUGUUUUAUUGUCACGAGUUUGUGGAGGGAGCUGAUCAGGGAUGUUUGCCCAAAUCUAGGAAUUACUCGAAUUAGGUCUUAGCAUAUUAGUCUGAAAGAAAUCCAUUAAAAAAUCUCCAGGAACAUUAUGAUUCUAGUUCUCGCUUCUACGCGGUGCCCCUCGCAGGCUGAGGUCAGCUCAGAAUGUGUACAUUUCAUUCACAGUGUCCUUUAGUGGAAGGCACUGAUUCUGAGGAAACAUAGGUUGCUGCAGGAGGAGUACAGGUGACUCAUAGAGGGGCGCUUGACCUCCAGAAUGAACACAGAGAGUGUAAAGGAGAGAGGGACUCAGACACGGUAUUUCACAGCCUUUCUCACGAGUAACCUUAGAGCCCAUUUGUGGUAUUUGGAAAAUAUCUUUCUCGGGAAUUAAAAUUCGGUAGCAUCAACGCAUGAUGUUGACGGCAGAAGCAGGUUGCCGGUGUGCUUUUUAAAGACUGUGGUCCUCCAGGCGAGACAUAACCAGUCCUCCGGAACAGGUAGAUGACAGUGUUAGCAACUCAGUGGAGAUACUUUUCAAUAACAUGGUAUCUUUUCUAAACUCUGACACAGGUUGUAUGGUGAUAAAGUUGUACAGUAGAAAAAUACCGUGAGGAACUAACACUGCAAGAAAACGAAAGCUGAUCACCCUGCUGAUGUUAAACAUGAAAAUCCCCGUCAGCCUGAACUUUGUGUAGCCAAGUUCAUAAAAGUCCAAAAAAUAUCUUCGUGAUGUUUUCCAAAAGUCAUCUUGCUACAGAAUAUAGAUGGUGGAAUCUGCGUUGUCUGGCAUAGAUUACUACGUGUGAAUAAACAUUUUAAGACAUAUGCAACCAUAGCUAAUGAUAAACCAAAAUAAGUAUUUCUGUUGACUUCAAUUUCCAAAUCACACCAGCAUAGGUUUUCCAAUAUUCCAAAUUAGAAAUUGCUGUAGAGAUUAUCUUGUAUAAUGUCAUUAUAAAUGGGUAAAUUAAAGCACGAGGAAGAUAUGCCCCCAAUAAUCCAGCUAGAUAAUUCUUGAACCAUGAUUAUAAUCUCUUCUUAGCUUCCUAGCCUGUGCCAUGCUAAAAAUGCAUGAAAAUUAUGGGAGAAUGCUAGUUAGUUAAAUAAAAAUUGUCAUUUAUUGCUGGAAUUAAACCUUAGAGUACAACAGUCUGAAAAAAUGAAACCUAUUUUCUCCAGAUGUUGAGUUUAUUCUUUCUCCUCACUCAUUGGAAGAGUAUGACAUCCAGAGCACAAAUCUACCCUUUGGAUAUGCCAGAGCCUCGUUACAUAGAUGUCUCCUGGCUGUGACCACAUUCAGUGGAUAAUAUUAUGGGGCUUUCCAUAGCUAGUGUGACAGCUUCUUGGCUAAGAUAUCUGUUGACUAAGGACUCCAAACAAAUCUCUAGGCUCAUGUAGGGUUUUCAGAUUACUACAAAUUUUAGAUAACUGUUUUGGGCUUUGAAUACUAGAAUUAUCAAUCCAUAUUUUAGCUAAUGAUUUUCAGGCAUUAUAUUUGAGACCAUUGACAAACAAUUGAUAGCCUUCUUAAUAAAAAGUGGCUGUAUACUAUAGAUCUAUUCACAAAGUUUUCAGUGUUCUGCCUUAUAUUUCAUUCUCCCUUUCAAUGAUUAGAUAUAACUUUUGAAUUGUUCAGUUUAAUUUAAAAAUGGUAGGAUUUGGUGUUAUUUUCAUUAUCCCAUUGGAUUUAAGGUAAAGAGUUUGGGAUGACAGAGGUUUCCUCGAAUAACAAUGAAGCCUCAUUCAGUAUGUCAGAGUGGUCUGGGUUCCAAAAGACCUUAAGUGAAAAUGUAUCAUCUUAUAAACAGUAUAAUUUUUGUCUGUAUUUUUAAAAAUGAAAACUCUUGACUCAAAUCUGGAAAAAAAACUUAUUAAAUGGAAAGCCAACAGUAGGGUUUUCUAUUUGGGGGAAGAUAUUUCAAAGAUUUUUUUUUCUUUUGAAAAGUACUAAUAUAGAAGUCUUAAAGGCUAGAGUUUACUGUAAUACAAAUGCAUAGAAGUUUUCAUUUAUUAUUAGCAUAGUCAUCUGCAUUUCCCUAUAUGAAGCCUGUAUUUGUACAUACUUUUAAAAGUGGAUUUCAUCAAGAAAAUUCAUGUUUUGUAUCAACAACAAUAUUGCUCCUUUCCUGAGAGAUAUUCUAACUAUUCUUAGAAAUCCACUUCACUAUUUCUUUUUUCUUAAUUUUUUUUAAUGUUUAUUUAUUUUUGAAGGAGAGAGAGACAGAACGUGAGUGGGGAAGGGGUAGAAAGGGAGGGAGACGCAGAAUCUGAAGCAGGCUCCAGGCUCUGAGCUAUCAGUGCAGAGCCGGAUGUGGGGCUCGAACUUAUGAGCUGCGAGAUCAUGACCUGAGCCGAAGUUGGGCAUUCAACCAACUGAGCCAUCCAGGUGCCCCCCCACUUCACUAUGUCUUAAGUUAUUAUGGUUUUCUAAAUCAAAGAGCAAAUGUUAAAAAGUUUUAAAAUCUCCUUUGUACAAACACAGCCUAAUCAUCCUUUUCUCUAUUUUUAUUUAAAAGAUAACACCAGCAGGCCUAUUUCAAGAGAUCAGAUUGACUCAGAAACUGAACCAAGAAAAUGACAUUUCCAAACAAGAUAAUUUAUUUUUGCUAAAAAUAUGUUUCCCCUCUAAUGAUAUCAAAUGUACAUAUCAAUUCCGUAUUAGCUCUUCUGCAGGGUUCUGCAGAAAAGAUGUUUAAAAACAAGGGAAGGUAAAAUCUUGAUUAUGUUUGACCCGACUACAAAAAACCCAGAGACUGAAAAUGUUCCACAAGACAGCUAAACAUAAAAGUUUCAGAUAUUUGAUUGAAGCCAAGCCACACUUGGAUGCAUUCAUUCAUUUAUUUCUCGUGUGGUUUUGUUUUUGUUUUUGUUUUUGUUUUUCUUGUUAAUAUUGUCUCUGACUUUGUCUACACCCUGCCAAAACAAUCCUUUGAUGUUUGGUGAGUCCAGCCAUCCAGCGUCAGAGCAACCAUUUGAUCCUGCUGACAAAUUGUGCUAAAAUGCCCACUCACCUAAUUAGAGCAGUAUGCCAUGUGACUAACCUCCAGCUCUUACUUUAUCAGACUAACUCCUGUUUUUCUGAAAAACUGUGAAGUCUUCAAAACUAGUAUCUGGAGGAAGGAUACUUUCCUUUUUUUCCUCCCCCCUCAACUAAAUACAGUAUUUUGCAUAAAAUUUCACGAUGGAAAAGAAAAAGAUUUAUAUGGAGUACUACCUUUCCUCUCAACAAAUCAAGCCCCUCAUGUCAACAAGUAUGGUACAUGCCAAGGAGAAAGGAUACCAGUGAUGUGCUAGAACUGCCUUUGGCAGACUCAUGAGAGUUGAUCAUUGAAUUUUCAAGAAUUUUGUAAGCCAGUUGUUAAACACACCCUCAUUAAAUAUUAAAUUAUCAAAAGCAAUUGAAUAAAUCUUAUUAAAAACAAAGAUAAUAAUGAAGACCUACCGCUUCAUAAUUAUUUCCCUUCAUAUUACUCUUUAUCUGUGCUUUUGAGGUUAUUUAUGUCAAUUGUACGUACGCAGUGGAAACACUAUUAUCAUGUUCUGUGCAUCUCUUCUUGACUCCACACCCAGUAGCAUCAUGUGGGUAGCUUGAAAUUGACCACAGUGGGAGUAUGUACACCAAAGAAAUUACCAAAUGCUACAAACCGGGACCUUUAAUUUCUGAAAAGCCAGGUGUUAAACAUUUACCAGCACACAACUGAAAGUCACCAUCACUUUUUCUCCGGCAAAUAACAAAUAAUUGGAAGCAGUAUAAAGUUAUUCAUAUGGUAUUAAAUUCAACCACUCACCUUCAGAUGGCUACAACUUUGUUUUGGUUUUUACCCUUUUCUAAAGAUACCUAUUAGACUAUAAGUAAUAUUUGACAUUUAUAUUUUAUUUGUAAUUAAAUUAUUUAAUCAUAUAGACACAUUCAAAAAUGUAUCUCUCUUGAUGUUCUGCAAGGGAAAUCUUAGCAAUGCAACUUUAGUGUAAGCAAUAACAGCAGCUGAAUUCAGGAAAAUGUUACCCUAAUUAUAGCACCACUGAAAAUGUGCUUCAGUACAAAUUUUUAAGUUUAUAAUUUUAGCACUUCCUAAAAGCAGGAAAAACAGUAACAUAUUACUGUGUUCAGAUUCUAAUAAAUGUAGUUUGGUUGAAACCCAAACUGUUAAGCAAAUUGAACUCUGGCGGUAUGCUAAAACAUUGCAGAUGUUUUAGAUGUUUGCUUUCCAAAUACGGUGGCGUAUCAAUUGUUUAAUUCAAUAUCCAGGGCACCUUUUGUAACCCUUAGGAAAUAAGUUAACGUUUAUUACGGAUUUAAGAAACUGGCCUAAGAAAACCGGGGAUCAGCAGUUACAAAAGCCCAGUGAGCAUUUUGAACAAAAAGGAUCCCUGAUAGCUUAAGGCCUUACAAAUUAUGCACCAAAGAGAAUGAUCUGUGUAGUUGAUUGACAACUGUAGUGUGAAUUGACAUUCAUUUAGCCAGCUGCAAUCUGCAAAAGCUGUGCUUUUUUCCCCCAUAUUUAUAUUUUAUUGCUUUAAACAGAAAGUCCCAAUAUAUUAUAUUCUUUUUUUCUUUGGCAGUUUUAAGUUAGAACUUUCUAUCCAAACAGAUGCUACCUAUAGCAAAACUGUCUUUAAGAACAGAAAAUAAAAUAAAUGUUUAGACAAAACAUCAUGGGCCAAUUAGGUAUAAAGUUAAGGUAUGGAAAUUUGGAUUUUUACUUUCUGAGUCACAUGCACAUUAAUCAGUUUUUCAACUUUAUUUCUAAGCAAGUAAAAGAGUCUAAGGCAUUUCUGAUGUCAAAGAAACAAAGCAUAUCUGGCUAACAAGGAGGUAGAAAAAAAAAUGUAAGAAUAUCAGCCAAAAACAAUUGUACAUGCAAUCAGCUGUCCUCAGCUUGAAUUCUCAUAGAUUACAUGAAUAUUUAGAAUUAUAAACUUAAAAGAGAAAAGAAGGCUCACAAUAAAGUAUAUAGUACCCAGAGAGAGUGACUGUCAAGAGAGAGACCUAACACAAGUGAUGUUGCCUGAUAAACCUUAUCUUGUUUAUCUUUUAGUGAAUAGAAUUCUUUAAGAUAAUGUUGCACUUGCCUACUCAUAGUGUAAAUAUAUUCACAGUCUUCCUAAAAUUAUGGAAAUUCUUCUAAGGGCACAAUCCAGCAGUCCAUCUUUAAUGGUCACGCGGUAUGGUUUCAUUGUCAAGCAGGCAUUAUUGACUCACGUAUUGAUGGGAUUGCCUUAUCAUCUAUAAGGGUCUUGUGAUACUUUCAUAUCACUAUCAAUAUUAAAACAUAUUUCAUGUCAAAAGACUGUCAAACUUUUCAAAGGCAGGUUCCAUUUUACUGUAAGUAGAUGGACAUCCCCAUUUCCCUGCACAAGUGCUGUCCUUUAUACACAUAUACUUCUCAUGUGAAUAUUUUAUUAUUUUGUUUAGCCUAACAUCUAAUUUUCAGAUCCUUGUGGUACUUAUAUGAAAUGUUGGCAUUUGUUUUCCUUUUAUGUUAAAUAUGUAUUCUAGAUGAGCCAAUAAUGUGUGUUCCUAGGAAAUGGGGCACAGAUAGGUUAGAUCGUGUUAUAUUGGCCUUAGAAGAAAUAUCAUUUUAUUUUGUUGUUCUGUGUAAACCAUAUUCAUUGUACACUGUGUGUAUAUUUUUGUUUAAAUAAAUGUGAUUUUUAUUUUUUA